AUGAAAUUGGUCGUCCCUCAUUCCACCAUCCAACCCGUGUCGGUGCCGCACACCUCCCUGCCGGCCAACCGCGGCGGGUACGUUCCCAACGAAGACGCGCACUCGAACCUGUACAUGUUUAUCCUUCCGUCCAUGCUUGCGAGAAAGGGGUUUGUCAUGUCUGUCUGUGCCAGCGACGCCAUGGUAGUUCAGUACACCCAGCGGAAACCCAUGGCCACGCGAGGCGAUUUGCGUGGUCAGGACGAUAGCUACGAUCGUGUCGCAGCUACUUGUGGGCAUUUGCCUCAAUAG